UCUUGAGCAAUAUUUUUAUGGAAGUCACAGGCAUUCAUAUGCAUCAUCACUCUGGAUCCAGCAUUGGCCGCCUCUGGCUCUGGAGUGAUGGAGACGUGCAUUUCCUAUUGCUUGAGUGCUCAGCUGCAACAUCAAUCUUCUGUCAGUUUGUGAAGAACCCUACUGAAGGUGGGUAAUUUUGAUGCGGAAGAUAGUGCGACUUCUGAGCUGCACCGCCUGCACAGAUCUUAGUGGAACUGUUGCUGUUCACUGGAAUCUGUGUAGGCAUAAAAGGCUGUACUUUUCUGUAUUGCUCCGUUCAAAAUUAAAAUGUCAGGAACAUCGAGUAUUUCAGAGCUUGUGGUUCGUUAGAAUCUUGCUUUGUUGCCGCCUAACUGCCAUUCCAUGGAAGAGUCGGGAGUCAAACAGAAGCCGAACAGCCCAACAUCGUGCAAACUUGUCGCUGGAGACGCUAACUACAUGCAUGGCUUUUCUCUUCAGUGUAUCAAACGAUGGACGCCGCCCCUCUGCGUCCCCGCUUGUGCGUACCAUCGUCCAAGGCUCGGUGGCUAGCUCACACUGCCAGCAUGAGCUUCCCUCUCCUCACACGAAGCGCCUUGCUAACUGAACCGCUUCGCCGAGCCGGGAUAGAUAGCCGGCGUUUUCGGGCAUCUCCUCCCCUGCCUCCUCCAUCGAUCUCCUUCGUAUACGCAAUCGGUGUCUCGAUCCAUAUUCCAUUUCAGUAGGCAGCUAAGCUUGAAACGUCCACUGCAAUGAUGGCACUGACGGAGCGGCAGCCGCAGUCGGAGAAGAAGGCGGCGAGGGCGAGGCCGAUGUCGGCGAAGGCCGUCGUCGUGCUCUGCGCCACGAGCUUCUUCGUCGGCCUGCUGCUCAGCGGCCGGAUGACGCUUCUGAUGCCACCGCCGUCGGGCAGCGUCGGCGCGGCCUCCUCCGGCCAUGGCUCCAGGCUCUCCCUCUUCUCCGACGACUGCGAGCACCGGCAUAAACUGGACGAGGGCAACCCGAACGACAUCAUGAACGAGGUGUCAAGAACUCACCAAGCAAUCCAGUCGUUGGACAAGUCGGUGUCGUCGCUGGAGAUGGAGCUGGCGGUGGAGCGCGCGAAGCAGAACGGCGGGCUGGGCGCGGCGGUGCCGUCGAAGCGGGGGCGGCGGCCGCCCAGGGCGUUCGUGGUGAUCGGCAUCAACACGGCGUUCAGCAGCAAGAAGCGGCGCGACUCGCUCCGGGACACGUGGGUGCCGAGGGGCGAGAGGCUGCGGCGGCUGGAGGAGAAGGGGGUGGUGGUGCGGUUCGUGAUCGGGCACAGCGCCACCCCGGGCGGCGCCCUAGACCGCGCCAUCGACGUGGAGGACGCCGAGACGCGGGACUUCAUGCGGCUCGACCACGUCGAGGGCUACCACGAGCUCUCCUCCAAGACCCGCACCUACUUCACCGCCGCCGUCGCCACCUGGGACGCCGACUUCUACGUCAAGGUCGACGACGACGUCCACGUCAACCUAGGGAUGCUGACGAGCAGGCUGGCGAGGUACAGGACGAGGCCGAGGGUGUACGUGGGCUGCAUGAAGUCCGGCCCGGUUCUGUCACAGAAGGGCGUGAAGUACCACGAGCCGGAGUACUGGAAGUUCGGGGACGAGGGGAACCGGUACUUCCGGCAUGCCACCGGCCAGAUCUACGCCAUCUCCAAGGACCUCGCCUCCUACAUCUCCAUCAACCAGCCGAUACUGCACCGGUUCGCGAACGAGGACGUGUCGCUGGGGGCGUGGCUGAUAGGGCUGGAGGUGGAGCACGUGGACGACCGGAGCCUGUGCUGCGCGACGCCGCCGGACUGCGAGUGGAAGAAGCAGGCGGGGAACGUGUGCGCGGCGUCCUUCGACUGGUCCUGCAGCGGCAUCUGCAAGUCCGUCGACAGGAUGAGGGCCAUCCACAGCGCCUGCGGCGAGGGCGACGGCGCCGUCUCGAACAACUUCGCCGCCGCCGCCGCCGCAUGAUCGAUCGAUGUGUACUGCAAUACGUACGUACACACACGCUAGCAGCUAGCCACAAGGAAGAGCAGCUAUCUUACGGGGUUCCCCCCCUAAUUUAUCCUUGUUUUGUUUUGUGGGUCUCAUAAUUAGAAAUGGACUAAUUAUUCACUUGGUUUAUAUGAACCAUGGAGGUGUUAGAUAGUCAGACGUGGCGUCCGGUCGAUCGGUAGGCGAGAUCGAUGCUCGGCAACUGCACUGCAAGGGGUAGUUUCAGGCGGCGAUUCACUCAAUCUGUGUUCUAAAAUAGUACUCCCUUUGCCAUAAAAAAAUACAUAUGACCAUUUUAAAACGGAUUAGUAAUUCUAAUAUUCUGGAAAACUUUA